AUGGCCUACCGAUCGCCCUCCAGAGGGCCAAAUCGCCAGCCUACAGACGAUAACGAUGAGUUGGCGCAAUCGCUCCGACACCUUUCUCUUUCAGCGAGAUCUCCCCAAAAUGGCACUCAACGUUCUCCAAGCUCUUUAAGCGUCCGAGGCCCCACCCCGAGAAGUCCCCUUGCUGAAGGUGGCCGCCCAGCUUCUCGCGCUGGCACCCCAGGGCUGUUGCGCAAGGCUUCAAUGAACUCACUACACUCCGUGAACGGUGUUGCGCCGCCUCGUCGGGCAAGCUCCGUCAAUAUCUCAUCCCCCUCGGCUUCACGGUCGCCUCGUCACAGCACCUCGCCGCCAGAGCAGAAGCCAGCUAAGACAGCUGCCUCUGUUGCUCGUGAUUACUUCAAGCUUGAGCUGGCAGUUCGGCAUGGUGAGCAACCAGACCCCACCUCCGAGACCGUGGUCAUUAUGCACGACAGCUGCUACGGACAUCGGUUUUCACGCCCUCGCACCUCCCGAACUGCCUUGAGCACGAUAGUCGAGCGACCGGAAAGGAUCAAGGCGAGCGCACUUGGUGUAGCUGCUGCCUAUGUACGUCUGGGCGAGCGGCAUUCUGAUGGAAUACACCCCAUUGAUCCAAGUCUUGAUCCUGCGGCGAUACCCUCGAUACCAUUCCGAAUACAAAAGACGACUCGUCGGUUGCCGCUGAUGUCACAGGCGGUUACGAACGUCCACGGCACCAAGUGGAUGGAGGAGCUGAAAAUGAUGUGUGACUCUGCGGAAACAAAGUUGGCUAUGAAUGGCAAGGAACUGCAGCGGCCGGACAUGCACAGGGGGCCGGAACAAGACGGACCGCCACCAAAGUUCCAUGAAGGAGACUUAUACCUCUGUUCCGAGUCGUUAGAUGCUUUAGAGGGUUCCCUGGGAGGUGUAUGCGAGGCCGUGGAUGCCGUUUUCACUGCAGAAAACCCAGCAAAGCGUGCUUUUGUUGCGAUCCGGCCACCGGGUCAUCAUUGCUCUGCUUCGUUUCCCUCAGGAUUCUGCUGGGUCAACAAUGUUCACGUUGGAAUUAUGCACGGAAUCCUCAGCCACGGGCUGACCCAUGCUGCCAUUAUUGAUUUUGACUUGCACCAUGGCGACGGCUCGCAGGCCAUUGCUUGGCAGCACAAUACGCGUGGUAUUGGACUGUCAAAGAAUGCUGCCUGGUGGAAGAAGCCGUCGAUCGGAUACUUUAGUCUGCACGACAUCAACUCGUACCCAUGCGAAAUGGGUGACGAAGAGAAGGUCAAAAACGCGAGCUUGUGCAUUGAAAAUGCGCAUGGUCAGAAUAUUUGGAACGUCCACCUGCUGCCAUGGAAAACAGAAGAGGACUUCUGGAGGCUGUACGAGUCUAAGUACAAGGUGCUGCUGGACAAGACGAGAGAGUUCCUCAGAGCUCAAGCAGACCGUUUCCGAAAUGCUGGCCAAAGUAACGUCGUCAAGGGUGCCAUCUUUCUUUCUGCCGGAUUUGAUGCCAGUGAGUGGGAGGGUUCUGGCAUGCAAAGACACAAAGUCAACGUUCCAACGGAAUUCUAUGCCCGCCUCACGCGGGACGUUGUCAAGAUCGCGGCAGAAGAGGAGACCAGCGUUGAAGGCAGAGUAAUUAGCGUCCUCGAAGGUGGCUAUAGCGAUCGUGCACUUUGUUCGGGUAUUUUGAGUCAUAUAAGCGGGCUGGCGGGUGACGAUCCGGUAGACUUUGCUCCUUUGAAGGGCCUUCGCGGAGAAGUCAACAAGAGGCUAAGUGGAGCAAGCCUCACUCAUGCUCGGAGAGAAUCCUUCGGCCUCAAGAACACAUUCCCCCUUCACCCGUAUGAAGCAGAGUGGUGGCAUGCUUCAGAACUCGAACGACUUGAGACCACCAUGAAUGCCCCGAUGGAGGCUCCCGAACCCAGGAAGCCUCGUAACGCUACGCCGCCGACUUAUUCAUCUCCCACGCAAUCGUCCCAAGCCAAGGUGGUUUACAAUCCCAGCAAAAUCCGCCGGAGUUUGCCAUCAACGGUUGACGGGAGGAGCUCACCCAUACCCGUACUAAGAGCCCCAACACCACCACCGCCUGAUGUUCCCUGGACGAUCGCAGCCCAUGAGCUCAGCAAACUUCUGAUCCCCAGCGAUCGUCAAACAGGUAGUUGCAAGCCAGAAGACCUCAACGCCGAGGCGACAAGACAAAGGAGGGAUCGCCAAUCUAUAGCACUGGCGGCUGCGGCGUCAUCGUUGCCAUCACCUACGAUAGUGGAGUCCAUUGAAGUUGACGAACCUCCUCGCUCUUCCACGAGAAUGUCACUGCGUGAACGGAAGGCUCCCAAGUCCUAUUCAGAGUUGAACAAGGAUGACUUUACCAAGGGGGAUCGUAGAAAGACUGUCGCAGGGUCGUCUGUUAUCGCAACGGACAAGGCCGCAGCAAGAGGAUUUCCUGGGGCCGCUGGGAGGCCAAAGCAAACCUCGAGACGUCUUAGCGCUGCGUCGACAGUUGUGUCUGAAGUUCCGGAUGGAUUCCUGCCCCCUCCCAUGAACGGUGCGGGUGCAAGACCCAGUACAUCGUUGAGUAUCAGACCAGAGUCGUCAAUGAGCGUCCGCAGCACGAUGACCACCGGGGGGCCCCUACCUAGUAAAAAGACGCGUAUAGCUCCUGUGAAAAAGGAUGUAGUCCCGAAGGCGCCCCGGGGGGCAAAGAAAGCUGUGCCUGCGAGCAUUCCCCAAAUCAAGACUGAGAAGGAAGCUGAAGGAUCGAGGCCUGUUGCUUCCCGAGCGCCAGCUUCUACCUCGCCCAUGCAAAUUCAGCCAAAAGAUUCCAAUGAUGAGAUGGAUAGUCUCACUACCAACAUGAAGAAAGUCAAGAUCACUCUGCUCACGAAGGCUCAAAAGGAAGCUCGCGAGCAGAAGGCAGCUGUGCCCUCAAACGGUAAUCAAGUAGCGACACCUACAGAGGCACGGUCGCCAACUAUUCUCGUACCGGGAAGCGCGCCAGAGCGUAUGCAAUCAGGACGAAGCAUCGGUUCCAAGCCUCCCAUCAACGUUAGUUCAGUCGACUCCUCUUGCUAUCCAGCCGCUCCCUCAACGCCCGACAUGUUUAUACCGUUCCAGCCGGAAGGUCCCGCCCCAGAGCCACAUCCUCAAAGUAAUCAGCAGCAGCAGCUCCAAUGGCUACCGCCCAAUGUUGGAACGCCAUCUCCUGUGAAGCGACAAGACUUACCAGUGUUUUCAGCUACCGGAACGAUACCUUUUGCAAGUGCGACGGGUCGGUCACUAUCACCUUUGCGUGGCGGUGCAGAUGCUCCUGACAAGACCAGCAGCGGAGUUUCAACACCGAUUCCCAAGUCGCGUGUUGAACAAGUCCGAUCAAUGUGGGAAGUUCCGGAGACGCCACAGAAAUAA